ACGCGUUCUCUCUACAAAACCACUUUAGAGAACUUCAAUGACAACGACUCUUCGCAACUUAUACGGCUGCAAAGACCAUGGAAGACCCCGUUUCGACCCCUAGGCUACCACCGCCACUCUUCAAACCAGGCGCAAAACCAUCGAGCAAAGAACAACUCCUCUCGUCGUCGCCUGGGUUCGGUACGCCUGCAUACCCAAUCGCCAGUCGAGCGCCAGCGGUACGACAACCUUUUGCAGCACCGGUAAACAAUCCUACGAACAAUGCCUCUACCGUCCUGCCGAUAUUGUUGCCACCCCAGACCCUCCGCCCGGUUGCCUUUCGGACACUUACGAAGAAACACAACCUGACUCUCACAUCCUCGGGACUAGGCUCCCUGUCCACAUUCGUCGGCAAGUUCUGUGGCAGUGGAUGGAGAGAAGAAGGUCUCGCAGAACGUGUCCUAGACGAGAUUGCGAAAACCUGGAAAAGAAAUGGUGGAGGCCUCAUCAUCGAGGAUGGACCUGACAAAAAGCUGUCCAGUCUGCUCAAGACAUUGGAGCCAUGUAUGUCAGGUGGUCGUCUCGACAUCGGCAAGCUCUCGAGAAGCAACAGCACAGUCGGAACGCCGAACUUGUCGCGGACAGGAUCCAUCAGCCGUCCCGAUGUUAACAGGGACGACAGCCAGACCAGCCUAGGAUUUUCUGGGUUGAAUGUGGAGGACAAUAGCCUCGAUCAAGAAGACGAAACGCAUCUUGACAUUCGCUCGUUUUGGAAAGUCGUUGCAGCAUUUGACCAGCCCAAAUUAUCAUACUCGACCUCGAAGAAAACCCUAGAGCACAUAUCAGGCGCGGCCAGCCUCCUCCCACCUAUACAGCACAAGAUUUCCAUGUUCAGAAAUCGAUACCACCUAGUCCAUCAACGCCUGAUGAGAAAUGAGUCCUUCCAAACCCCGUCCUUCUCUACCGCUACUAGGCCUCCGAGCCUCAUCCACUCAGGAAGUAGCGUCACCUCAAUACAACAAUCAUACAAGAUCACACCCAUCUCCAACCUGCUAGGCCGCUCAGGAUCAUCACACCUGCUCCUCGGCAUGCUCGUCCAUUCAGCAGCCGGGGACCUCGCUCUAGCAGACCUCUCCGGCAGUGUCGUCUUAGACCUCUCAGUAGCACGCCCGAUCCCAAAUGAAGGCGCCUGGUUCUGCCCGGGUAUGAUCGUCCUCGUCGAAGGCACGUACGAAGAAGACGGCUCCCACACCUCCAGCCUCGGCAGCGUAGCAGGCGUAGGUGGACAAAUCAAAGGCUACUUCCUCGCAGAGACGCUCGCCGGACCUCCCGCCGAACGUAGAGCCCUGACAAUCGGCUCAACAGACUCGGACAACUUACACACCAGCGUAGGUGCUGGCUUCGGCUGGAUCGACUUCCUAGGCGUGGGCAGCGAAAAGGGCAUCGGCCAGCAAAUGCGCCGUAUCCAGAAACGAGUCUAUGGUCGGUCACCGACCCACGAUAUCAGCCUCCCAGCAGAAGACGAACCGGAGUCACACCCUCCCCGAACAAAAGUUGCCAUUUUGGGUGAAUGUACCCUCGACAGCCCACGCACGCUAGAGGCCAUCCGUGCAAUCCUCUCGUCCUACAACUCGUCAAGCACGGAGGUCGAGGACCUCCCAUUGUCCAUUGUGCUAAUAGGCAAUUUCGUGUCCGCCGCCUCAAUGGCCGGCUCGACCAAAGGUGGCGGCAGCAUGGAAUAUAAAGAACACUUCGACGCCCUUGCUUCUGUUCUUUCCGAGUUUCCGUUCCUCCUGUCAAAUACGACAUUUGUCUUCGUGCCAGGCGACAACGAUCCAUGGGCAAGUGCCUUCUCGGCAGGCGGCGCGUGUGCGCUUCCUCGACAAGCAGUACCUGAAGUGUUCACCUCGCGAAUACGCCGGGCCGUUACUACGGCGAAUGUGGAGGCCGGUAAGAAAGAUAAGAAUGCACCUGCAGGCGAGGCCAUCUGGGCCACGAACCCUGCUAGACUGAGCCUGUUUGGACCACUGGAAGAGAUCGUGCUGUUUAGAGAUGAUAUCACCAGCCGCUUCCGACGGCAUGCCGUCUCCUUUGUCAAACCUGAGGGUAUGGAUGGCGACGAGGAAGCACCACCCGAUGCACCUGGUGAUGCUGAUGACAUUAUGAACGACCUCGAAGAAACCAGGAUGGAUAGAGAGGGUGAGAGUGAAAGCGAAAGCGUCCACGCUGCGACAUCACAUAUGCCUAGCACCACCAGCACCUCUACGACCAGACACUCAAUGCAGGCAGCGCGCAAACUCAUCAAGACUAUUCUGGAUCAAUCUCACCUCACGCCCUUCGCGCACUCCGUUCGUCCUAUUUUCUGGGACCAUGCGGGGUCAUUGUCAUUGUACCCUCUGCCCACGGCGCUAGUUCUUGCAGACUCUGAAAUGCCUGGGUUUGCCAUCACGUAUGAGGGAUGCCAUGUUAUGAACCCGGGGCGAGUGGUCGAUGAGUUGGGAAUGAGCAGAGUCUCCGGUAGGGGCACCGGAGUGGGGAGAUGGAUUGAGUAUGAUGUCAAAACGCAUAACGGGGAGAGCAGGGAGGUAAGGUUCUAAGUUGCUGAAUUAGGGGUACGAGUUGGACGCUACAGCGAUAUACAAGAAAUCUAACGAUCGGUCACGAUAGAAACAGCG